AUGGUUAAGAAUGCUAUUCUAAUUCUCUGUGGUCUUUUCAGGGUUACAGUUGCAGUAAAAGCCUACAAAAAGGCCAAGGACACAACCCCAGAGGAUUCUCCAUACUGUGAACCUCAGUUUCCCCCAACAAUGAUGAGUGAAGCAAGAAAACAACGUAUGAACUACAUGUUCCUAAAGCAGUGCGUGGAAAGUAGACCCAUUGUACCCAUUCAGCAGCAGUGGCUGGACAACAUGUCGAGCCUCGUACCACCUCAGCUCCGGCUGGGACCUGGCAGAACGGAGCUGCUGGAGGAACUGUGCGAGGAGGUCAGAGAGAAUUUCCUUAGCACCAUGGUCAGGUUCACAGUUGACAGUAUGCUUCAGAAGCCACAGAUGGAUACAGAUGCUCCUUUACAAAAAUCACCUGCACCCAAUACUCUUGAUUUCAGCAGGCCAUGGCAUAACAGCUUCAUCAGGAGUCGAAAGAAGAUCAAAGAGAAUUUGCACAUCCUACACCCAGUAAUGAAAGUCAUUUUGGAUACCUGUUACAUAACAUUUUCUCAGCUGCUCCUGGUUGAUAUCUCAGACUGCAGGUCUAAAGGCCCUGUGGGCUGUAAGAACCUAAAGAACAAAGUGUCGGUGGAGUGUGCGAAACUCGAGGAAAAGCUCAUGGACACCUGGUUCCCAAAGGUUAUUCACUUGCUCACCAGCAAGAACACAGUGCAAAGAAUCAGACGAGAGAAGCUGGAUGCCUUUUAUAACUGUGCUUCAACACUUCUCUCCAAUCAGCUGAAGGCUCUGAUUGAGAGAAGUGUGGAGGCAUUUGUUAGUCUGUUUGAACCCCUCAGCAAGCAGAAGCUUCCCCGUUUCAAGAUGGACUUGACCUUUGAUGAUGAGAAGAUGGACUUCUAUCCCAGCUUUGAGGAUUUGGAGGAGGCUGUGUUAGAGAUUCUCAACUCCAUCAUCCAUACUUUGCAGAAUGUCCAGACUGUUCAGUCCUGGCUAGAUGCGGCGAAUAAUUCGGUGGUUGAUGCUAAGCUGGCAGACCACAUUGUCAUGUGGGCACAGACUACACUGAAGAACGCUGUCCGUGAAAACCUAGAGGCACCCGCAAAACACUUUCAGUAUUAUUUUGACAACUAUGAUUGGCUAGUCAAUGGAAGUGCACAGAAUCUGGUAGAGAAAUUUAUGAAGGAGGAGCACUGUUUUGAUCAGUAUACUGAGCAAGUGGAGGUGUUCCGUACUCUGUCCAAAGAGAUCUCCAGCCUUCCCGCAGUGGUUUAUUUUGACAUGAUCUGCUUGGACUGUGAGGAACUCAAACAAGGGCUGGCAAAGAAAGCACAGACUUUUGCUCAAAUCCUUGUGGCACGACUGAUCAGCACACAUCGUGAACAAUGCCUUCAGAUCUGUAAAGAGUUUGAGACCAUUCGGGACAAGGCUAUAAAAAACCCAAACACAACAGAAGACAUGACAGAGAUGAUCACGUAUAUUGGUUAUGCCAAAACCAAAGGAAUAGAACAGCUGAGCAGUAAGAUAAUGGAAACAUUUCGUAGAUUAAAUUACCUACUGGAUGUACACAUAUUUGAUGCAGAAGACUUGGAGCUUCAUUCAACAGUGCUGCUGUGGCCACAAAAUAUUAAUCCAAUUUUUGAGCUCAGUGCUGAGGUGUUGGAAAAAGCCAAGCAGAAAGGUGAGCAGGAGCUGCUGGGUAGAAGGGAGAAGUUGAUGCUGGAGCUUGAGAAACUCGGCCGAAGGACUGAGGAGUAUGCAGAAUGCUCAGAACUGGAUAUGAUGCAACAGUAUGUGAUAGAUGUAAGAACAGUACAGAAGAGGCUUCAGGAAAUUGAAGAGUCGAUUGUCUUCAUCAACAAAGAGGAGGCUCUGUACAAUUGGGACCUAACUGUUUAUCCAGAGGUUGAUAUGAUCAAGGAGAACAUUGAUCCAUAUCAGAAGCUGUUUGGGCUUGUACUAAAAUGGCAGCGCACUGAGAAGAGAUGGAUGGAUGGUUCCUUCUUAGAUUUGAAUGGUGAAAGCAUGGAGGUAGAGGUGGAUGAGUUUCUUCGAGAAAUCUACAAGUGUCAAAAAAUGUUCCAGCAGAAACGGAAGAAGGCUGAGCAGGAGAGCGAGAAUGUGGCUGCGGUAAAGAGACAGCCUGGAGAAGAAGAUGGAGACAAACAGGAGAGUCCUACUGCUGCGGUCUGCUGCAGAGUCAUAGAGCAAAUUAAAGAAUUCAAGGAGCACAUCCCAACAGUGUCCAUACUGUGUAAUCCUGGAAUUAGGGUUCGACACUGGGAGCAGAUGUCAGAGAUUGUGAACUAUGACAUGAUGCCCAACUCAGGCACCACACUGCGUAAAGUCCUUAAACAAAAUCUCACCCCUUACAUGGAGCAGUUUGAGACCAUCAGUGCAGCUGCCAGCAAAGAAUUCUCUCUGAAGAAGGCCAUGCAGAAUAUGGUGGAGGCCUGGGAUGGCAUGUCAUUCCAUCAUCAUGCAUACAGGGAGUCUGGUGUGUCUAUCCUUACUGCAGUGGAUGAAAUUCAGACUAUGUUGGAUGACCAGAUAGUGAAAACCCAGACUAUGAGAGGCUCCCCUUUUAUCAAACCUUUUGAGGCAGAGAUCAAGGCCUGGGAAGAACGUUUGAUCCAUAUCCAGGACACCAUAGAUGAGUGGCUAAAGGUACAGGCCCAGUGGCUCUACUUGGAGCCCAUCUUUAGCUCACAGGACAUCAUGCAGCAGAUGCCUGAAGAGGGACGGUUAUUCCAGAUGGUGGACAGACACUGGAAGGAAGUUAUGAAACACUGUGUGAAAGACUCAAAGGUUUUAGCAGCAACUUCGCUAUCUGGCUUACUUGAGAAGCUUCAGGACUCAAAUAACCUUCUAGAGCAAAUUAUGAAGGGACUGAAUGCUUACCUUGAGAAGAAAAGACUGUUCUUCCCACGUUUUUUCUUCCUGUCAAAUGAUGAGAUGCUGGAAAUCCUCUCUGAAACCAAGGACCCUCUGCGUGUACAGCCUCACCUGAAAAAGUGCUUUGAGGGCAUUGCCAAGCUGGAUUUCCUGCCCAACUUAGACAUCCAGGCCAUGUACAGUAGUGAGGGUGAGCGCGUGGGCCUGAUUCAGCUGAUCUCCACUUCUGAGGCACGGGGAGCAGUGGAGAAGUGGCUUGUGCAGGUGGAGGAUAUGAUGCUGCGUAGUGUCAGGGAUGUAAUUAACCGAGCCAGACUGGCUUAUCCAGAGUCCAAGAGGAGUCAGUGGGUUUGUGACUGGCCUGGCCAGGUGGUGCUCUGUACCUCUCAAAUAUACUGGACCCUAGAAGUGCAUGAUGCUAUCAGGAGUGGAAUAAAUGGUCUGAAGAAUUACUAUGAUCAGCUGCAGAGCCAGCUGAAUGACAUUGUGGAGCUAGUCAGGGGAAAACUGCCCAAACAGACUCGUACUACCCUAGGAGCACUGGUCACUAUAGAUGUGCAUGCCCGUGAUGUUGUAAUGGAAAUGAUCCAGAAAGGUGUUUCUUGUGACACAGACUUCCAAUGGUUAGCACAGCUACGUUACUACUGGAAAGAUGAAAAUGUCCGUGUCUGUAUCAUAAAUUGUGAUGUCAAAUAUGCUUAUGAGUAUUUGGGAAAUUCGCCUCGUUUGGUCAUCACACCUUUAACAGACCGAUGCUACCGAACUUUGAUUGGAGCAUUUUAUCUGAAUUUAGGUGGGGCUCCUGAAGGCCCUGCAGGAACAGGAAAGACGGAGACCACUAAAGACUUGGCCAAAGCCCUUGCUGUGCAGUGUGUAGUGUUCAACUGCUCUGAUGGACUUGACUACCUAGCCAUGGGGAAAUUCUUUAAAGGACUGGCAUCCUCGGGGGCAUGGGCAUGCUUUGAUGAGUUUAACCGUAUUGAGCUGGAGGUGCUUUCUGUGGUGGCACAGCAGAUCUUGUGCAUUCAGAGAGCCAUUGAGAUGAAGCUGGAGGUUUUUGAUUUUGAGGGUACAGAGCUUCGCCUCAAUCCCAACUGCUUUGUAGCCAUCACCAUGAACCCUGGAUAUGCAGGAAGAUCAGAGCUUCCUGAUAACCUGAAAGUUUUGUUUAGAACAGUGGCAAUGAUGGUACCCAACUAUGCUCUGAUCGCAGAGAUCUCCCUUUAUUCUUAUGGCUUCUUGAAUGCCAAACCACUUUCAGUGAAGAUAGUAAUGACCUACAGGUUGUGUUCUGAGCAGUUGUCCUCCCAGUUCCACUACGAUUAUGGAAUGAGAGCUGUCAAAGCAGUACUUGUGGCAGCAGGGAACCUCAAACUCAAAUUUCCAAAUGAAAAUGAAGAUAUUCUUCUUCUACGGUCCAUCAAGGAUGUGAAUGAGCCCAAGUUUCUCUCCCAUGAUAUCCCUCUCUUUAAUGGAAUUACCAGUGACCUCUUCCCUGGAGUUUCUCUGCCCAUGGCCGACUAUCAGCUCAUUCUCGCUUGUGUUCAUGAAUGCUGUAUAAAGCACAAUGUCCAGCCUGUGGACAUUUUCCUGGAUAAAAUUAUACAGACUUACGAGAUGAUGAUUGUACGCCACGGGUUCAUGCUUGUUGGUGAACCUUUUGCUGGCAAAACCAAAGUGCUCCAUGUUUUAGCUGACACACUCACGCUUAUGAAUGAGAGGGGCUACAAUGAAGAGGAGAAAGUCCAAUAUCUCACCAUCAACCCUAAAGCCAUUACAAUGGGCCAGCUUUUUGGUCAGUUUGAUCCAGUGUCUCAUGAGUGGACUGAUGGGAUUGUGGCAAAUACAUUUCGGGAGUUUGCCUCAGCCGAGACCCCAGACAGGAAGUGGGUGGUGUUUGAUGGACCAAUUGACACACUUUGGAUUGAGAGCAUGAACACUGUAUUGGAUGACAACAAAAAGUUGUGCCUCAUGAGUGGAGAAAUUAUCCAGAUGUCCAAUCAAAUGAGUCUGAUUUUUGAGGCAAUGGACCUAUCACAGGCUUCACCAGCCACAGUGAGCCGUUGUGGAAUGAUCUAUAUGGAGCCGUCUCAGCUGGGAUGGCCUCCUCUGGUGUCAUCCUGGUUAAAAACUCUACCCCAGCCUCUUCAGACCCCAGAGAAUUCCACGCUGCUGCUGGAGCUGUUUAAUUGGCUGAUCCCCCCAGCACAAAGGAUGUUAAGAAAAAACUGUAAGGAAGUUGUCUCCACCAGUAACAGUAAUACAGUUGUGUCUCUUACACGACUCUUUGAAAUGCUUCUUACGGAACCUGUAAAUGAAGAGCCUGGAAACAAGAAUAUUCGUACAUGGAUUAUGGCUGCCUUUGCCUUUUCUUUGGUGUGGUCUGUUGGUGGAAGCUGUGAUGGUGACAGUCGUGAAAGAUUUGAUAAGUUUCUGAGGGAAAUCAUAAUGGGGAAAUCAGACCAGCACCCAAUCCCUGCCUCUGUCUCAAAAUGGGAAUGCUCUUUCGAUGAGAAAGGUCUCGUUUAUGACUAUUCUUAUGAGUUCAAAGGGAAAGGCCGUUGGAUUCAUUGGAAUGAAUCAAUAAAGAAUGUCACGUUAGGGGACAAGAACACCAAAGUGCAAGACAUCAUUGUCCCUACAAUUGAUACAGUGCGCUACACCUACCUAAUGGACCGCUGUAUUAGUUAUGGAAUGCCUCUUCUUUUUGUUGGCCCCACUGGCACUGGAAAGUCUGUUUAUGUGAAGGAGAAACUGAUGAACAGCCUAGACAAGGACCACUACCUUCCAUUCUUUAUUAACUUUUCAGCUCGCACUAGUGCUAACCAGACUCAGAACUUAAUUAUGUCCAGGCUGGAUAAGAGAAGAAAGGGAGUAUUUGGACCUCCGAUGGGAAAGAAAUGCAUUAUUUUUGUGGAUGAUGUGAACAUGCCAGCAAUGGAAGUGUUUGGUGCGCAGCCUCCUAUUGAACUGCUUCGUCAGUAUUUUGACCAUGGGAAUUGGUAUGACCUAAAAGACGCCUCCAAAAUCACUUUGGUUGAUCUGCAACUGAUCGCAGCUAUGGGUCCCCCUGGUGGUGGGAGGAAUGCGGUGACCCCUCGUUUCCUGCGUCACUUUAACAUUUGUAGCAUCAAUGCAUUCAGUGAUGACACCAUGUCACGAAUAUUCUCUAAUGUGGUUACCUUUUACUUCCGUAACAAUGGUUUCCCACCUGACAGCUUCACCGUAGGCAACCAGAUAGUUUCUGCUACCUUGGAGGUUUAUAAAAAAGCAAUGCAAAACCUCCUUCCCACCCCUGCUAAAUCUCAUUACACGUUCAACCUGAGAGAUUUCUCACGUGUAGUACAGGGCUGCCUGCUACUAAAGAAGGAAUCUGUGGAGAGCAAGCACACCUUGAUUCGCCUGUUUGUUCAUGAGGUGUUUAGAGUCUUCUACGAUCGCCUGGUGAAUGCUGAGGACCAAGCGUGGCUCUACAGACUAAUGAACACUAUUGUAAAAGAACAUUUUAAGGAAAACUUUGACACAGUCUUUGAGCACCUCAAAUCUGACAAAAAAUCUCUGUGUGAGGAGGACAUGAGGAGCUUGUUAUUUGGAGAUUACAUGACUCGUGAUGUGGAUCCCAGUGAGAGAAUAUACGCAGAGGUUCCCAGCAUGGAGAGCUUCAGUCAGGUGGUGGAGUCCUGUCUGGCAGAGUACAAUCAGACACACAAGAACCGUAUGAACCUGGUCAUCUUUCGCUAUGUCCUAGAGCACUUGUCCAGGAUCAGCCGUGUGCUGAAGCAGCCUGGAGGAAAUGCUCUGCUGGUGGGAGUUGGUGGAAGUGGCCGUCAGUCCAUCACUAAACUGGCCACCUUCAUGGCUGGCAUGACUCUGUUCCAGCCUGAGAUUUCUAAGAACUAUGGCAUGAAUGAGUGGAGAGAUGACCUUAAGCUUUUGCUGAAGAGAGCAGGUGUGAAGGGCGAGAAGACAGUGUUCCUGCUUACGGAUGCUCAAAUAAAAGAGGAGGCCUUUUUAGAAGAUGUGGACAGUGUGUUAAACACCGGCGAGGUUCCAAACAUAUUUGCUGUGGAUGAGAAGCAAGAGAUAAUGGAGGCAGUGCGGCCCAUAGCCCAGGCUGGUAAUAAGAAUUUAGAGUUCAGUCCUCUGGCUCUGUUUGCCUACUUUGUAAACCGCUGCAGAGAGAACUUGCACAUAGUAGUGGCAUUCAGCCCUAUUGGAGAUGCCUUUAGAAACCGCCUGAGGCAAUUCCCAUCUCUUAUCAACUGCUGCACAAUCAAUUGGUUCCAGCCAUGGCCAGAAGAGGCAUUGGAGCGAGUUGCCAAGAAGUUUUUAGAGACUCUAGAGAUGAGUGACCAUGAACGGCUAGAAGUUAUGUUAAUCUGCAAGACUUUCCAUACUUCUGCUACUGAUCUGUCCAAAAGGUUUCUGUCUGAGCUUGGUCGCCAUAAUUAUGUGACUCCCACUUCCUACUUGGAGCUGAUAGCUGCAUUUCAGCUGCUACUUACUCAGAAACGGGACACUGUAAUGAAGGCAAAGAAGAGGUACACUAAUGGGCUAGACAAACUGGCUUUUGCUGAGUCUCAGGUGGGUGAAAUGAAGAAGGAGCUUGUAGAUCUUCAGCCCAAACUGGAACAGGCCAAGAUUGACAACACCAGUAUAAUGAAGGUGAUAGAGGUAGAGUCAGUGGAAGUGGAGGCUAAGAGUAAAGUUGUGCGUGUGGAUGAGGAGGCAGCUACUCAAAAGGCAAACGAAGCUCAGGCUCUGAAGAAUGAGUGUGAGAGUGACCUUGCUGAGGCCAUCCCUGCUCUGGAGGCAGCUCUUUCUGCUCUUGAUACUCUGAAGCCCUCUGACAUUACAAUUGUAAAAUCUAUGAAAAACCCUCCAUCUGGAGUGAAGCUUGUGAUGGCAGCAGUGUGUGUAAUGAAGGAUAUUAAGCCUGAGAAAAUCAAUGACCCUGCAGGAACAGGAAAGAAGGUAGAAGACUAUUGGGGUCCAAGCAAGAAAUUGCUGGGUGACAUGAAUUUCCUCAGGGACCUGAAAGAAUAUGACAAGGACAACAUUCCUGCACCAGUCAUGCACAAAAUCCGUAGUGAGUAUAUGACCAACCCCGACUUUGACCCUACAAAAGUUGCCAAGGCUUCCUCUGCAGCUGAGGGUCUGUGCAAAUGGAUCACUUCUAUGGAGGUUUAUGACAGAGUGGCAAAGGUAGUGGCUCCUAAGAAGGCUAAUCUGGCUGUGGCACAGCAGUCACUGGCUGCUACUAUGGCCCUGCUGAAUCAAAAGAGAGCAGAGCUGAAAGAAGUGGAGGACCGCUUGGCUUCCCUGCAGAAAACAUUUGAGGAGAAGACUGAAGAAAAGGCUCAGCUAGAAUUCCAGGUGGACCUUUGUGCCCGCAAGCUGGAGAGAGCUGAAAAGCUCAUCGGGGGCUUAGGAGGAGAAAAGACCAGGUGGUCUAAAUCUGCAGAUGAACUUCAGAACAUGUAUGAUAAUUUGACAGGGGACGUGCUGAUUUCUGCUGGUGUAAUUGCUUACCUCGGAGCCUUUACUGCUGGCUUCCGCCAGGAUUGCACCAGGGACUGGACUAAGCUCUGUAAGUCCAAGAAGAUCCCAUCCUCAGAUGACUUCUGUCUGAGUAAAACCCUUGGUGACCCUAUCAAGAUCAGGGCCUGGAACAUCUCUGGUCUACCCACUGAUAGUUUCUCCAUCGACAAUGGAGUCAUAGUGAGCAACUCCAGAAGAUGGCCUUUGAUGAUUGACCCACAGGGUCAGGCCAACAAAUGGGUGAAAAACUCAGAGAGAGAGAACAAUCUCACUGUGAUAAAACUCACUGAUGCAGACUAUAUGAGGACCCUGGAGAACUGCAUCCAGUUUGGAACUCCACUGCUGUUAGAGAAUGUGGGAGAAGAACUGGACCCCUCUAUAGAGCCCUUACUGCUCAAACAAAUAUUUAAACAAGGAGGCAUGGACUGCAUUAGGCUGGGGGAGAGUGUGAUUGAGUACUCCAGUGAUUUCCGGUUUUAUAUCACUACUAAGCUUAGAAACCCUCAUUAUCUCCCUGAGCUGGCUACCAAAGUGUCCCUGCUCAACUUCAUGAUCACUCCAGAGGGUCUGGAGGACCAGUUGCUGGGCAUUGUGGUGGCAAAAGAGAGGCCAGAGUUGGAAGAGGAGAGGAAUGUUCUCAUUCUUCAAUCUGCUGCCAAUAAGAAGCAGCUGAAGGAAAUUGAGGACAAAAUCCUGGAGACUUUACAGUCCUCAGAGGGGAAUAUACUGGAGGACGAGACUGCUAUUCAGAUCCUAGACUCCGCAAAGAUAAUGUCUAAUGAGAUCUCCAAGAAACAGCAGAUCGCAGAGAAGACUGAAAUGAAAAUAGCAGAGUCUAGGGAAGGCUACAGAGCCAUUGCCAAGCACUCAUCCAUCCUGUUUUUCAGCAUUGCAGACCUGACCAACAUUGACCCCAUGUAUCAAUACUCACUUAGUUGGUUUGUCAACCUAUAUAUCAACUCCAUACAGGACAGGUAACCAGAUAUAUGUUGAUAGACUCAUUUAUUUGAGCAGUGUUUCAGAGUUUAUAAGUAUUUUUUUUUCUCUGUCCAUGUGGCACAUCCAUGUGGUUAAUUAGCAUGCACUCUAUGUUUUAGUAACAAGUCAAAGAUUCUAGAGAAGAGACUGAGAUACCUGAUUGAUCACUUUACCUACAACCUAUACUGCAACGUGUGUCGCUCUCUCUUUGAGAAGGACAAACUGCUCUUCUCCUUCCUCCUCUGCUGCAAUCUGCUCUUGGCUAAGAAGGAGAUUAAGUACUCGGAGUUCAUGUUCCUGCUCACAGGUGGAGUGGGUCUACAGAAUGAUGUGCCCAAUCCUGAUCCCAGCUGGCUCCAAGAGAAGAGCUGGGAUGAGAUCUGUCGAGCCAGUGAACUACCUGGCCUACAGGGCCUCAGAGAGAGUGUCAUCAAGACACCUGAGAGCUUCCUGCCUAUUUAUGAUAGUAAGCAGCCUUAUAACACUCCGUUACCGAGGCCAUGGUGUGACAAACUUAAUGACUUUCAGAAAAUGAUCAUCUACCGCUGCCUCAGGCCAGAUAAAAUUGAACCAGCCAUUGCCAGUUAUGUGACUGACAAACUGGGCAAAAAGUUUGUUGAACCACCGCCGUUUGAUCUAAGUAGGAGUUACAAUGAUUCUAAUUCGACCAUUCCACUGGUGUUUGUGCUCUCUCCUGGCGCAGACCCUAUGGCCAGUUUACUGAAGUUUGCAAAUGAUAAGAACAUGAGUGGUACAAAGUUCAAGUCAAUUUCUCUUGGACAGGGUCAGGGUCCUAUAGCUGUAAAGUUGAUUCAGUCUGCCAUGAAAGAAGGCACGUGGGUUUGCCUACAGAACUGUCACUUGGCUGUAUCUUGGAUGUCCACACUUGAGAAGAUCUGUGAAGACUUCAGCCCAGACACAUGCCACCCAGACUUCCGCCUCUGGCUCACCAGCUACCCCUCCCCCAUGUUUCCAGUGACCAUCUUGCAGAAUGGAGUAAAAAUGACAAAUGAGCCUCCCACAGGCCUAAGGCUGAAUCUGCUACAGUCCUAUCUAUCCGACCCUAUCUCAGACCCUGAGUUCUUCUCAGCAUGUCCAAGCAAAGAACUUGUUUGGGAAAAGCUUCUGUAUGGGGUUUGCUUCUUCCAUGCCCUUGUCCAGGAAAGGAAGAAAUUUGGACCACUUGGUUGGAACAUUCCAUAUGGAUUUAAUGAAUCAGAUCUGCGUAUUAGCAUCAGGCAAUUGCAGCUCUUCGUGAAUGAGUAUGAGGAGGUUCCCUUUGAGGCCAUCACAUAUCUGACUGGAGAGUGUAACUAUGGUGGGCGGGUGACAGAUGACUGGGACCGCCGCCUCCUCCUGACCAUCUUGGCUGACUUCUACAAUAAGGACAUCAUCAAGAACCCCCGUUACAACUUCUCUCCUAGUGGAAAAUACUAUGCACCUCCAAAGUCCAUUCAUGAAGACUAUGUGGAGUUUAUCAAGAAUCUGCCCUUCACCCAGCAUCCAGAGGUGUUUGGUAUGCAUGAGAAUGUAGACAUCUCUAAAGACCUGCAGCAGACCAAACUCCUGUUUGACUCCCUGAUCCUGACUCAGGGAGGUGGCUCAAAGGGAGGAGGAAGUUCUGGAGGUGACAGCAACCUGCUGGAUAUUGCUAGUGACAUCCUAUCUAAACUUCCAGAAAACUUUAACAUUGAGGCUGCCCUUGCCAAAUUCCCAGUGCGGUAUGAAGAGAGCAUGAACACGGUGCUUGUUCAGGAGAUGGAACGAUAUAAUAAUUUGUGCCAAACAAUUUGUGUGAGCCUGCAGAACCUGCUGAAGGCCAUUAAGGGGCUCGUUGUAAUGGAUGCAGAGCUGGAGGCAAUAGCAAGCAGCCUGCUUGUGGGAAAAGUGCCAGAGAAGUGGGCGAAGCGCUCCUACCCCAGUCUGAAGCCGCUGGGCAGCUACAUCACUGACUUACUUGCUAGGCUUAAAUUUCUGCAGGACUGGUAUGAGACAACCAAGCCCAGUGUUUUCUGGCUGUCUGGAUUCUUCUUUACUCAAGCUUUCCUGACAGGAGCCAUGCAGAACUAUGCCAGGAAAUACUCGAUCCCCAUUGACCUCCUUGUAUUUGACUAUGAGGUUAUGCCAUUUGAUACCUCAACCACCUCCCCUGAAGAUGGAGUCUAUAUUCAUGGCCUUUUCCUGGAUGGAGCCAGAUGGGAUAAAAAAAAUGGUGUCUUAGCUGAACAGUACCCCAAAAUUCUGUUUGACGCAGUCCCCAUAAUAUGGAUAAAGCCGACGGAUAAGCGGAUUAUAACACAACCCAAGAACAUAUAUGUGUGUCCUCUCUAUAAGACCAGCGAGCGUAAGGGAACUUUGUCCACCACAGGUCACUCCACUAACUUUGUCAUCUCCAUGAUUCUACCCACAAGCAAGCACCCAGAGCACUGGAUUAAGAGAGGGGUGGCUAUGCUCUGCCAGCUUGACAAUUAAUGACAUAUCUUGUGACAUAUCUUGUGCAGUGUAAUGAAUUUUACAUAGGGGAUAACUUGUAAUAACCACCUGCAUACUUUGUUUGGAAGAAUUUACACUUUGCCUAAUGUAGAAAUGAAACGGUUACCGGUUUCACGAUAAGAUAAAAUAAAGAUAAAAUUCCCUGACGGUUAGUAUUAAAGUGUCACAUUUAAUUAUCAUUAAAACUGUGUGCGAUUAUUGUGAUUUGUAAAACUUGUAGUAAAUGAUGUCCACACACACCCAGCAUAAGUCUGACACAGGCGCAGCAUGCAACGUUGUUUUUUUUUAGCGUGAAAACGGACACUACAAUUAAAAACUGAAUGAGUCUGCUCAAAUCGGCGUGAGCCGAAUGAGCCAGAGUCACAGCACAGAUUCGCAGGAGUCAGAUUUCAUUUAUCACUUGACGAAAGUAAGGCGAGCUGACUGACUGGAAGAUUGAGGCGAGCUGACUGACAGGAUUAGUGAGGCGAGCUGACUGACAAGACGAUGGCGGUAGAUUUGGUUUAAUAUAAGCAAGUUUAUCAUUGUACUGUUUGUUGUUGUAGCGUUUUUCAUUAAGAAUAAUAAUGAACCCACCAUUCAAGCAAUUGCCGUUAAUUCAAAAGUGAAAUGCAUAGCCACAUGGGCAUUCCUAAGCUAUUUAAAAGCGAGGGGGGAAAAAAGGGAAAAGUGCCAACGAAGUGCCAAAGCCCCCUUUCGCAGCAACUUUCUUCUGGCAAGCUCUGCAGACAGGGUUACCAUCUUCGAUUAAGUUUCCCUCUGCAUUUUAUAAAAUCCAAAAUAUGACCACACUUCGGAUUGGUCCACUUGGAAGGUUGGGAAUUCUCCCAAGCGCUGUCAGUGCCUUCCGCCAUGUUCUCUAAUUGAACUAAAUGAUUUUUAUUAUUACAAAAAAAGCAAAACAACAGUGGGGGCGGAGCCGCGGUGGGCAAGUGAUGUAAUCGGCGUGUGGCCAAACACAAAUAUAAAACCUGUUUAAAUGAUUUCAGUGUGUGUAUCAGUAGGGCUGCACGAUUAUGGCCAAAAUGAUAAUCCCGAUUAUUUUGAUCAAUAUUAAGAUCUUGAUUAUUUAUCACGAUUACUAAUUGAUUUUAGUGACAACAUAUUUUUAUUGCACUUUCACAUUUAUUUAGUUUUCUCAUGCCACAAUAUAAAACAUAAGUUGGCAUGAGAAAACUUGAGCUGGUCUAUUAUGACAGAAUUUAGGAACAUAGUGUGAGCCGUGACAAAUUAAUUUACCUUCUGAUAAACUAAGUUUUAUAUUUUCAGUUAAUUUUACAGACUGUAUGCAAAAAACAACAACCGUUAACCUGUUCCACCUUGUAAACAAAUACAAUAAACAUCAAUGUUCAGUGUUUGAAGUCUGCUCCUCUUAAAUAUAUUUAAAGCUACACUAUUAGACAUUUUCCGCUGUCAUGGUUCUGGGCUGGAAUCAGUUCUCGAACCACUCUGUGUAUAUUGUGUAUAUAUCUGAAUAAUCUCUCAUAGGAACUGAUUGGGUGAGUUCAUUUACCCAUCAGAUGGGAAGCCCUUUAGUUUAAUGGUGUUAAAUAGUUUAGUUUAAUACUAUUAUUAAACUAGUAGUUUAGUUUAAUACUGAUGCGCCAAUCAGGAUUUUUACAGCCGAUACCGAUCCAGAUACCAAUCUUUUUUUUGUUUAAACUUUAAUCAGGAGGUCUAUCUUAAACUGUUAAAUGUAAGCUCUCUGCUCAUGAUCACUGUUAAUUGAGUUAAAAUAAUAGCAAUGAGAUACUGCUGGUUAAUUGAUAAAUAAACAAGCAUAAAAAAAUUAUUUUUAAAUAUCUUAAAAACAAUAGAGAGUCCUAAUUAAAAGUAUACUAACACAAAAAUUAUCCAUAUUAGGAAAAAGGUUAAUAGCUUUCUAAGUAAAUAGCGAACUAAGUUUAAUGUCAAAUUGAUAUUAAAUGCAACCCAUAGU